AAAACCACAUAAAAAAUCGCAUGUUUUUUAUUUUCGUAUUAGGUAUAAUUUUUUUCGUUUUGAAGUUGGCGCCACCGUGCACCGGCAGCUGCACCCGGGCGCUCCGAGGGGGCCACGCGCAAGUCAACCCAAGCGCCCUUCGUCCGCUCCUCAGUCCACCUCCUGUGAGUGAAGCGAGGCGGCGCCCCACGCAGCCACCAAGCGCCGUUGCCAGGAGCACUCACACCCAUCAAAAGCCCACCGAAAUGGACGCUUUCGACACCUGGCGCACGUACGCCACCAUCUGCAGACUCUGCCUCCAGAAGGACGGCUUCAUGUUGGGCAUCUUCAACAACGUGCAAGGCAAAGACAAGAGCAUCUACAAGAAGAUCAUCGAUUGCACCGCCUUGCAGAUCAGCCAUGACGAUGGCCUUCCAAACGUCAUCUGUCACCGCUGCCUUUACAAAAUCGAAUUCUGUCUCGAAUUCCGUAAAUUAUGUUUCAUGUCGGACGCCACCCUCCGUCAGCUGACGGCGGCCAUAACCAAUGAAACGUCCGAAACGGACUGUGGUCCCGCCCCCCAACUUCCCUACCUCGAGCAACUGGCCAAUGGCAACGAAGAGGAUGUUGUCAUGGUGGUCGAUCCGUCCGCCCUCGACUACGAAUCGUCGUACGAAAGCGAAAAUGAGCGAAUGAGCGAUGCGGAAAAUGUCGAAGAGGGCGGGAAAAACGUAUCAAUGUGUCGGUACUGUGACCACGCCUUUACCGACAAGCUGGAGUGUGAAGAACACGAGAACACCGCACAUGAUACAAACGUUCCGUACACUUGUAGUCUGUGCGAGAUGAAUUUUGCCGACCGAAUGCAAUAUUCGGCCCACUUGAAGUCGGUCCAUCAGAAUGAUAAGCCGUAUAAUUGCCCACAGUGUGAACGGACGUUCGCCCGACGGUCGGACUUGAGGAAACACACUGUAGUACAUACGGGGAUCAAGCCGUACACUUGUACAGUGUGUUCGAAGUCGUUUUCACGAAACACGAAUUUAUCGAAACAUAUGCGCAUUCAUUCGGGACAGAAACCGUUCGUUUGUCCGAAAUGUCCGAAAACGUUUUUCUCCAAAGGCGACUUGACGCGACAUGCGAUCAUACAUUCGGGCCAGAAACCGUUCAGUUGUAACUUUUGCCACCUGAGUUUCGGACGUAAAGAUAAACUCCUCAGGCAUGAAAAGCGCCAUUUUCCGCAAGAGAACAUGGAGGAUAAGAGUCAGGAGUUGCAAGUGAUGCGUGAUGCCAUGGAGGAUUACUACAAGGAGGAGGAGAACAUGGUGAUAAGUGUAGAUCCGUUCCAGCACAAUAUCAAGACCGAGAAUCAGUCGGAGACCGAUUUGGGGGAAGUACCGAGGGACUUACCGCAAAUUCCAGCACAUAUCACUGGAGAUAGUUUCGGGGAAGAACGUAAACGGUAUUCGUGUGAUUCGUGUCCGAAGACGUUCUCCAAUCCGGAGAAUAUGAGGUAUCAUCAUGCCACUCAUUCAGGGGUUAGACCGCACGCGUGUUCUGUGUGUAAGAAGACUUUUAUAAGGAAGAGGGAGUUGGACCGGCAUUUUGCCACGCACACUGGGAUGAAGCCGUUCAAGUGUGUGAAGUGUAGUAAGAGUUUUGGGCGGAAGGAUAAGUUGGUGCGACAUAUGAGGAUACAUGAUGUUAAUAAGGAACAUUCGUGUACGAUGUGUGCGGCGACGUUUAAUCGAAGGGAUGGACUUUUGCAGCAUAUUAAAACGCACGUUAAGAAUGAGCAGAGUUAGGUUGUGGUGGUUGUUUUGCACUGAAUAAAGUAUUUUUGCAUUCAA